AUGGAAGGGACGUCCGGUACCACCUCAGGGGCGGUGUCACGUGGUGUGUCGCUCAGUGGGAACACGCCUGCAGUUGCAGCGGCAGCAGAGGCGGCAGCAGCGGCAGCGGACCCGCUGCUCGAUGAGUCGGACGAUGACUUUGAGUAUGAAGAAGUGGAGGUCGUUAGCGAACCCGAGGAGGAUGACAUCAGCGAGGACCUGGAUGCCGCCAUGCGCAGCCUGCAGGCCCUCACCACCUCGAAGGCAAGGGCGUCAAAGCCCGCGGCGCUGCCAGGAAAAGUGACGCGGCGGCCGGAGGUCAUUGAUGACGUCAUACGCAAUUUCUGCGCCAAGGCGGGCCUGGCGCGGACGGCCGAGGCGUUUGAGGCCGAGUGGUAUGAGCUGAAGGCCACGGGGCGCCUUGGGGGCCUCGCCACCAGCAUGCCAGACGUGUACAUGCGCAACGGGGAGCUGGAGGAGGAGCUGGGGUCACUGCGCCACGAGCUGGUGGCGGCGCAGGAGGUGGCGGCCCGCGCCAGCGCGACAUGGGACAAGUUCCGCAAGGAGCGCGACUUCCACCGCAUGCACCACAAGCGCGUGGCGCACUACGGCAAGUAUGAGCCGACCAUCCUUGAGUUGAAGCGCAAGUAUGAGGCGGCCAUGAAGGAGAAGAUGCUGGCGGUGCUGGAGCGCGACAAGAUGGCGGCAAAGGUGGGGCAGGGGUGA